GGCAGUGUCGGUGCUGACGCCGGUGCGGUCGGCGGGCGCAGACGCACGUCGACGCGGCGCCAGUCGACGGACCGACAUCCGCCGCCAGUUGGUCGUCCGUCGGCGACCGAGCCAGCAGCGCCGCUACCUGGGAGGAGGAACCGUCUGACCUGUCAGGACCGCUUUUCCUGCCGUCAGUCGGACGUCGCUCCGUUCGAGCCGAGCUGUCGCCGACUUCGCAGUCUGUUCAGACCACCAAAGCUUGGCGAGCUCUCUCGUCAUCCCUCGUCACCGCCGCUGUCUCUGCGCCCUCGGGGAUUUGCUCUGUCGUCACCGCCACCGUCAACGGCAUCAUGAACGACACCGAAGGUGAGACGGAGACCUGGGUGCUACGCGAGGUGGUGCCCGUCGUCGUCCCCAUCAUCUUCGGCAUCAUUGUCACCGUUGGGCUCUUCGGCAACGGCCUGGUGGUGCUGGUCGUUUCCUGCAACCUGCAGAUGCGCUCCACCACCAACCUCCUCAUCAUCAACCUGGCCGUGGCAGAUCUACUCUUCAUCAUCUUCUGCGUCCCGUUCACCGCCACCGAUUACGCGAUGAAGAUCUGGGUGUUUGGCGACGCCUGGUGCAAAAUCGUCCAGUACGUCGUCUUCGUCACAGCGUACGCCAGCGUUUUCACCCUGGUUCUAAUGUCGAUGGACCGGUUCCUGGCCGUUGUCCUACCGAUCGCCUCGAUGGGGAUUCGCACGGAGCGUAACGCCGGUCUGGCCAUCCUCUGCACCUGGUCCGUGAUCCUGGUAGCGUGCGUGCCCAUCAUGCUGAGCCACGGCGAGGUACAACACUACGACAACUCGACAGCGGUGUCCUGUAUGUUCCUGGACUCGCAGCUGUCCCAGGUGCCGGAGGGCCAGGGUUACAACUAUCCGGCGUUCCAGCUGACCUUCUUCGCUACCAGCUACGUGCUGCCACUGCUGGUCAUCAUCGCCAUGUACCUGCUGCUCCUGAAGCGACUCUGGCUGGGUGUGGUGCCCGGCGGUAACAUGUCGGCCGAGAGUCUCCGCGGCAAGAGGCGCGUCACGCGCAUGGUGGUCGUCGUCGUGGUCAUCUUCGCCGUCUGCUGGUGCCCGAUCCAGAUCAUCCUGGUGGUGCGGUCACUCAACAAGUACCCCAUCACAGACGCCAGCGUGCUCAUUCAGAUCGUGGCCCAGGUGCAGGCCUACACGAACUCUUGUAUCAACCCGAUCCUGUACGCCUUCCUGUCGGAGAACUUCCGCAAGGCGUUCUUCAAGGUGAUCUACUGUGCGCCCCGCCAGCCUGCGGCCGUUGUUGGUCGCCCGCAGCGUGCCAGCGAGAUGCGUCCUCUCAACGAGACCAAGACCACGCGGUCCACGCUGGUCAACGGUAACAAGGAGAGCAUGCACAUCCUGUAGGGUGAGUCGCACCGCGGGAGAGGGACCACUGGCCGCCGGCGGCGGGGCGGCCACUCAGCCGCCGGCCCGAGUAGGGUCGGUGUACACACGGAGCUGUGAGGACUGGGGUGUCGCCCCUCGGCUGACACUCCGGGGGUUUGUGGACCGCUGUGGACUCUGUGGAGCCCGGUGGACAGACUCAGUGGACUAUGUAGUCCGCCGGACGCUGAGGAGAACGGUGGACAGUAGGCGUGUGAUGCUCGCCAGAGGACACCGUGCCUACGCCGAAUACGGCCGACGUCUCCUCGCACAAGUGUUGACGCACAAAGUUUGAUGUUCAGCUGUUUUAUGGGUACCUGACUUCCAACGAUCAAAUCUAAGUAAGACUGGCUUCAGUUCUCGAAUCUGAAGGACCACGGAUGGCGGCGCCUGGACAGCGGCCGCCGCCUGAGUCACCUUCAAGGUCGAGGUCGCGACGCGACAAGCCCGGUGUCUGACCUCUCCCGAGAAGGGCUGAGGUCGUUGUGUUCGGUCUUCGGGUCUGGUCUUCGUGACCUUUUUUUCUUGUUACUUCCCCCUGGACCCACUGCGCGAGUGAAGUCAGCGAGUAACAGGGUUAUCUCAGUUGGCCCACUGAUUUCACGUGUUUUGAACUACAAACAUCUUGAGGGUCAAUCCGUGAGGAUUUGACCAUCGCGAUCGUUCGCUGUAUCGUUCAGCUUGCCGUUCGGGCAAGUUGUGGGCGUCGGCGACAGCGUCGCUGAGCUCACAGCCUGUUCGUUUACCUGUUACCUGUCAACCUGUCUGUAGCUCGACUCGUGUCGCCCGUUUGCGCCUGCGCACUGGCCUCGCCCGGAGCGCCGCGGGAACAGCCCGGUCACUGGCCUUGACCAAUCAGAGCGCGGUACUGAGCCCGCGGAGAGUUGCCUCUCCACCGAGAGCCCUGAUUGGCCAAUUGCCGGAUGACGCCGCACGUCCAUAUUUACGGUUUAUUUUCUCUCUGUAUGACUCUGUCAGUGGGACAGAAGAAGGCAGCUUAUAAUGUAUCACAAUGGUCUAAUGUCAAAUGUGGAAUGUGUUCUAUGAGCCCGAUUCUGAGGGCGGUUGUUCGACUGAAAGUGCUAUGUUUCGGAGGAACGUGUUGGUAUGUUUGAGGGAUGUGCUGUUGCUUUGUCUAAUCUCUGUCGCUCGCCUGUGUCUGGUGGUGACCUGGUGACCUCUGGUCGUCCCCGGUGACCUCUGGCUACCUCCGGUGGCCCCGUUGACCCGGACACUCACCGGGAUGUCUGACUGUGAUUGGUGUCUGUCGAGCUUUGUCCGGUAAAGCUAAUCACCCCGGAGGCUUUGCUGUACUUUUACUCGGGCGCGGAGGGAGAGGAGGAGAGCCCCUCGGAUGGCCGGGGCCGGCGAGUGUCGGUAAAAUGCCGCACCACCGCUGCUCCUCCGUCAGAGGAGCCAAACCUGACGGCGCAGCCGUCUCCGUCACGAGACGGACCGUCACGGCCACAGAGUGACGUCACCGGUCACGGACCUGGCCCGUGAUCCGCGAGCGGUCAAGCGCUUACGUGUUAGCUGGUAUGUGGGUGGUUGUCACUGUGUUAUAAGAGCUGCCGGAAGAUAUUUGUGUAUGGAGACGGCCUCAGCUCUAUGUAUGUUUUCUGUGCUGCUCUUGUAUGUUUUCGGCCGUGUCGCUAAUAGUCAGAGGCGCUUCUCGUUGGAAAAUUAGUCAAGUGAUGUUGUUUUAUAUGUUACCGCGUACGAGAAAGUCUGCUAAAUUUAGACGUUUCUUCUGGUGGUCUAUCUCCAACAUGCAUCAUCUUUCAGUUGGCCGCUUUUGUGCACUGUACGGCCGCUGGCCUCGGGCUUACUCCCACCAACCCAGAGUGUUCCUCUACGCGGACCAGCAUUCGGGGAACUCGACUACGCCAGCCACUCGAGAAAAACUGCCGCGGGAACAAAAGCCGAGCUUUCCUCAAGAGGCCCAGUAGGCUCCGACCACGCGUGGAUAAUAAUCAUUACCCACAAUGUGAAUAGUGAAUACCCUAGGCUCAUAUUAUCGCAGUACCGAAAAACAUCGUUAAAGUCGUGCAAAGCCUAGCAGAGAGUAUGUUUAUGCUGUUCAGAUGCGCACAGUGUCGGUUUUGGUAAUGGUUAGCGACGCAAACGAUAGCGGUAAGCGCUCUCGAUGCGUUACGUGACCGCCAAUUUCAGCUCUGCGCUCGGACCAGUAGCUAACUUCUGUUCACCUUGGUGCUGUUUUGGCGAGGUAAUAAACAGGAGGAGUCUCCC